AUGACUGUACAUCUCAUGAUCUGGCUGUGGACUGGGUGAAGGUUUUCUAUUUACAUUCCGAUUGGUGGUUAGUUAUUGGAUUGGAAAUGUCAUAUUUUCGUUAUAGGUGAAAACUGAAAACAAAUAUCAUUGUUACCUCAGGUUACUAAUUAGGUGUUCGUUUGGAUUUUAUUAAUUGAUUCUUUGUCCUUUACCUUUUGUUAACUCUAUUGUUAAAAAGCAGUAGUACUACGUUAUUGAACUGUAUCUUGGAAUAACAUAACAUGGGGGCUGUAUUAGCUCUUUGUACUGGUGCACAGUUGGCGUGUUGCUGUGGGAGUGCAGCAUGUGGAUUGUGUUGCUCUGCUUGCCCGUCAUGUCGCAACUCUACUUCAACCAGGAUAAUGUAUGCUAUUAUGUUACUAGUGAGCACUAUAACAGCUUGCAUUUUCCUUGCUCCUGGUUUGCAGUCAACUUUACAAAAGGUUCCAUUUUGUGACAAUUCAACUGGCAGUAUGAUAGUCCCAGUCAAGUUAACCGUAGACUGUCAGUCAGCAGUAGGCUAUCUUGCAGUUUAUCGUCUCUGCUUUGCACUUGCUGCUUUCUUCUUCAUCAUGGCUCUUCUCAUGAUCGGAGUGAAAUCUUCCAGAGAUCAUAGAGCUGGUAUUCAAAAUGGAUUCUGGGGCUUAAAAUACUUGCUUGUCGUUGCUGGAACGAUUGGAGCUUUCUUCAUUCCAGAAGGUUCCUUUGGACCUACUUGGAUGUAUUUCGGAAUGGCUGGUGGUUUUGCAUUUAUCAUUAUCCAGCUUGUUCUUAUAAUUGACUUUGCUCAUUCUUGGGCUGAAUCAUGGGUUGGAAACUAUGAGGAAACUGAAUCCAGAAAAUGGUACGCUGCUCUCAUGAUCUCAAUGCUUGUGAACUAUGCACUGGCAAUAACCGGAGUAGUGCUUCUGUUUGUAUACUUCACGCAGGCAAAUGAUUGUACUAUGAACAAGAUCUUCAUUUCGGUAAACAUUGUAAUCUGCAUAAUUGCCAGUGCCAUUUCCAUCCUGCCCAAUGUACAAGAGAUGCAGCCAAGAUCUGGACUACUACAGUCCUCAGUAAUCACACUCUACGUUAUCUACCUUACCUGGUCUUCUCUCUCAAGUAACCCAGAUCGAAACUGCAACCCAGGAUUUUUGUUGGGAAUCGGUGGAGGCAAAGACAAAAGCAAGGUGACGUUUGACUCUGAGAGCAUUGUUGGCCUCGGUAUCUGGAUGUGCUGUGUACUCUACUCCUCUCUACGGACAGCCUCCAAGUCCUCCAAGAUCACAAUGUCAGAUCAUGUUCUAGUCAAAGACAACGGUGCAGUGCGCUCUCAUGACGUCAACCUCGUUGACAAUGAAGAAACUGGCAGUGAAAGCGGACAUGGAGAUCACUCUGGCAAGGUGUGGGACAAUGAAGAGGAAGGUUGCUCAUACUCCUGGUCAUUCUUCCAUGUAAUGUUUGGUCUCGCUACACUUUAUGUUAUGAUGACUUUAACCAACUGGUACUCGCCCAACUCUAGUUUGGAGACUCUGAAUGCGAAUGCAGCAUCUAUGUGGGUGAAGAUGGUCUCCAGCUGGAUCUGUUCUCUUCUGUACAUGUGGACAUUGGUUGCUCCUAUCGCCCUGCCAGACCGACAGUUUGAUUAACAUGUCUAUAUGAUGGUGUGAUGGAGUUGGCUUCUCAUUGCAAUCUCCGAGUGGCUAGGAAGUUUAUUUUCCAAUAUUCUUGUUUAAUUAUUGUCUACGUGUCUAUAAUAUGUAAUUUAUUCUUUCUAAGUAGAGAUAGAAUAUUAAAUAUUUCAGUAAGAGUGUAAUCUAGUGUAACAUUCUACAGAUGCACAUCUAUCAUAGGCAAUUGGAGGUGUAUUCUUUUAAUUUAUCAUACAGUUUGUUUGUCACAGUUGACAACAGUUGGUUUGAGUUUUAAUAUACAUGUUUUGUUAAGAAUUUAUAUGAAAGUUCGCUUACUCAUUUUUUUGUAAGUACCUAAUUUUCAAAAAUGCCUGUCAAAUAGUUUGAUAAUAUUUUAUUUAAAACUAAAAAUUAUUCCUAAUGUACAGUAUGUGUUUAAAUUAUAAAAAAUAAUCUGGAACGUUGCACAAUUUUAAGUGAAUCACAAUCAUAACAAUAAAUGCAAAGGGAAAAAUAAACAAUUCUUGUAAGAGAAGAGAAACAGCUCUGUUUAUUUUAAACUUAAAUGUUGAAAAAUAAAUUAUUCUUGAAGCUUUUUUGAGUUUCCCUUCAUUCAAAGGCAUUAUGAUUGAAGAUUUAAGUAAGAGACUCCUUACUUAGGACUCCAAAAUAUUCUGAAAUUGGUAUUGAAGCCUACGCUUUAAAAACUCUUUUCUUAUCAGAAAUAUUUUAAAUUGGCCAAAAGUUUAAUUUAGGUAGAAACAUUAAAAUUUAGUCUUUGAAAACUUAUUAUGGAUACUUUAAGCCCAUUCUUAAUAAAAAUAUAUGUUUUAUGUAGUGUCAAAAUACUUCUAUUUCUUUCCUGAUUCAAACAGUAAGAUACUGAACCAUGCCAGAGGGAUGAAUUGAUCCAGAUUUCAAUAUCUGUACAUUAUUUUAAUUCUUAAGGUUAGUUGAUUGAACUGUGAUGCAUUUUGUUAGAUGUUAAUACAUUUUUAUAAUUUUUUUUUAAGUAUUGAAUUGUUAUAACUAAACAUUAUAUUAGAUGUAGUUAUAAACCACGACUAUGCUAUUGUUUCUAGAACAAUUAAGUGUGAAUCACCUUGUCUUAAUGUUCAAGGAUACAUACAUACUGUAUAUGCCUAAUAAAAUUAUUUAAAGUCAAAAAAAUCAUUUUACUUCAUUUCAA